AGGAAUUGGGUUCUGUAAUGUCAGUCUGUGCUCAUUUUACUGGAAGCCACAUGUGUAGAUACUGGUAUUAUCUGAGCCUAAUCCCUGGAAUCUCUAUGGUCAAUUGGAGAGAGGCUUAGGGAGAUCAGGGGAUAGAUAGGUCUUGGCCAGAGUCCACCUCACAGUGGGUCAGGUAGGAUCCCAGGCACGCUGUGUGGCUAUUUUGCCAGCCUUGCUGUCCUUACCUGAGGAAUGUGGUCUGUCAUGGUGGGAAUGCCCAGUUAGAAUCCUUGAAAGGGCCACCUACAACCAAGAUAAUAACCUAAAAACAAUUCUGUGGAGGAAGACGCGGUCGUAGGUGCUGAGGAUUUCUGGUCCACACGCUCCUGCUCCUGACUUACCGCUGUUCACUCUCGCCGAGGAACAAGUCAUUCAGGAAGCCGCGCGGCAGCCAUGGCUUUUAAGGAUACCGGAAAAACACCUGUGGAGCCAGAGGUGGCAAUUCACCGAAUUCGAAUCACCCUAACAAGCCUCAACGUAAAAUCCCUGGAAAAGGUGUGUGCUGAUUUGAUCAGAGGCGCAAAGGAAAAGAAUCUCAAAGUGAAAGGACCAGUUCAAAUGCCUACCAAGACUUUGAGAAUCACUACAAGAAAAACUCCUUGUGGUGAAGAUUCUAAGACGUGGGAUCAUCUCCAGAUGAGAACUCACAGGCGACUCAUUGGCUUGCACAGUCCUUCCGAGAUUGUUAAGCAGAUUACUUCCAUCAGUAUUGAGCCAGAAGUUGAGGUGGAAGUCACCAUUGCAGAUGCUUAAGUCAACUAUUUUAAUAAAUUGAUUACCAGUUGUUAAAAAA